AUGGCCGAUUACAAGGCCACGGUUGCCUCUGGCGCCGAUCCCAAUGGCCAGCAAUUACGGCAACGUAAUGUGCCAGGCUCCGCAGCACCUGGAGCUCCUGUUCAGUACCAACAGGACGAGCAGAAGAUCCAUAGCAAGAAGAAGGACUCCUCUUUCCUCCAGAUUCUCGACGAAUGGGAAUUCCUCAUCGCGCCUAUAAUCUUCACAGCUCUUGCCUGUUUCACACGUCUUUACAAGAUCGGUGCGAGUAACAUCGUCACCUGGGAUGAGGCUCACUUUGGUAAAUUUGGUUCGCACUAUAUUAAGAGAGAACUCUUCUUCGACGUUCACCCUCCUCUCGGCAAGAUUCUUGUCGGUGUUUCUGGUGUUCUAGCUGGCUACAAUGGAUCUUUCGAGUUCAAGUCUGGCGAGACGUAUCCUGAAGAUGUCGACUACACGUUCAUGCGCGCCUUCAAUGCCUUCUGGGGUAUUCUCUGCGUCCCGUUGGCUUACUACACUGCUCGCGAACUGAACCUCAAGCGCCCCGCCGUCUGGUUUGUCACUCUCAUGGUCCUCUGCGAGAACUCGUACACGACCAUCAGCCGAUUCAUCCUACUCGAUUCUAUGCUCCUCUUCGGUACCUUCGCUACUGUCCUCUGCUGGGCCAAGUUCCACGGAUUGCAGAAAUACCCCUUCGAUCCCGAAUGGUUCUUUUGGCUCUUCAUGACUGGUCUCAGCUUGGGUUUCGUCUGCAGUAUUAAGCUUGUCGGUCUCUUCGUCACCGCGCUGGUCGGAAUCUACACAAUCGAGGAUCUUUGGAACAAGUUCGGCAACACCAAGAUGCCCGUUCCUGAGCUUGCUGCCCAUGUUGCAGCCCGAGUCACGGGUCUGAUUGUUAUUCCGUUCCUGGUUUACCUCCUUUCCUUCGCCCUGCACUUCGCAAUUCUGACACGGAGCGGUCCCGGUGAUGCUCAGAUGAGCUCUCUUUUCCAGGCCAACCUCGAGGGAAGUGAAAUCGGCCGCAACUCCCCCCUUGAGGUUGCUAUUGGAUCCAAGGUGACGCUGAAGAACAUGGGUUACGGUGGUGGUCUUCUGCAUAGUCACGUCCAGACCUACCCUGACGGUUCCAACCAGCAGCAAGUCACUUGUUACCACCACAAAGAUGCCAACAACGAGUGGUGGUUCUACCCUACACGCACCCAACCCGAGUUCAACCCUGAGGCAGAGCCUAGAUUCGUUGGUGACGGCGACGUCGUCCGUUUUAUCCACACUCAGACCGGCCGCAACUUGCACUCCCACGACAUCCCUGCCCCCAUUUCCAAGAGCCAGAAGGAGGUCUCCUGUUACGGUAACUUGACUGUUGGCGAUGACAAGGACAACUGGCAGAUUGAGGUCGUCAAGGAUGUUGCUUCCCGCGACAAGAGCCGAGUUCGCACAUUGACCACUGCCUUCCGCCUGAAGCACCCCGUAAUGGGCUGUUACCUCCGCGCCGGAAAUGUCAACCUACCUCAGUGGGGUUUCAAGCAGAUCGAGGUCACUUGUGACAAGAGCAACAACCCCAAGGAUGCCUUCACUCACUGGAACAUUGAAAUGCACCAAAACGAGAAGUUGCCCCCUGCUGACCCUGGCAAGUAUAAGUCGCCAUUCUUCCACGACUUUAUCCACCUUAAUGUCGCCAUGAUGACCUCGAACAACGCUUUGGUCCCUGACCCUGACAAGCAAGAUGAUCUUGCUUCUCAGUGGUGGCAAUGGCCAAUUCUCAACGUCGGUCUUCGCAUGUGCGGUUGGGACGACAAGAUCGUCAAGUAUUUCCUCCUCGGCAACCCCUUCGUAUACUGGGCCUCGACCGCGUCCAUUGGACUUGUCGGUCUCAUUACUGUCUGGUAUAUUCUCCGAUGGCAGCGUGGCUUCAGAGACCUCACCCAGGACGAUAUUGACCAGAUCCACUAUGCUGCUCUGUAUCCUAUUCUUGGUUGGGUCCUCCACUACCUGCCCUUUAUCGUCAUGGCUCGUGUCACGUACGUGCACCAUUACUACCCGGCCCUAUACUUUGCCAUUCUUACUCUGGGCUUCUUGGUCGACUGGGUCACUCGCAACAAGAACAAGACAAUCCAGUAUGUGGUCUAUGGCGUCUUGUACAGCGUCAUCAUUGGCCUUUACAUCUACUUCCUGCCGAUCUGCUUCGGCAUGACGGGACCGAACAAGAACUACAGCUACAUGAAGUGGUUCGACACAUGGCGUAUUUCUGACUAA